ACCAGCCCUAAUAAUAUGAAUUGUACUUCUUUUCUAGAGAACUAUUGCAUAUGUGAUACUGCCCAUCAGCAUGUGAAUACUGAAAAGCAGUCUUGUCAGUAUAAUGAACUUGUCAAAAUGAUUCAUGAACACUCCAAAGGUGAACUUUAUAAAACUACUAUAACUGCAGAAAACUGUAAUAACUACAGAAGUGCUAAUCAGAAGGGUGCUGCUUUUGAGUCAUCAAACAUUGAUAGACUUAAAAGUUUGCACACUAGAGAAGACCCUUGCAAAACUAAAGACUCUGAGAAAUGUUUAAGUUUGUCUUCCAGUAUUAGUCAAGAGCAGAGACACUACACUGAAAAAAAAGAGCACAGGCACGGUAUAUAUGAUGACAUUUUUGCUUCAACAUACAGUUCUCUGCAACAAACAAUCUACAUUGGAGAGAAACCACACCAGUGUGGAAAAUGUGGAAAAGGCUUCAGUAGUUCCUCAAACCUCAUUGUACAUCAGAGAAUUCAUACUGGAAAGAAACCCUACAAGUGCAACAUUUGUGACAAAUCCUUUAACCAGUGCACACAUCUUAAAAUACAUCAAAGACUUCAUACUGGGGAGAAACCUUACAAAUGCAAAGAAUGUGCAAAGUCAUUUCAUCAGUCGUCAGCCCUUAAAGACCAUGAGAAAUUACAUACUGGAGAGAAGCCUUACAAAUGUAAGGAAUGUGACAAAUCUUUUACUGUGAAGUCCACUCUUACAAAACAUCAGCGAAUUCAUACUGGGAAGAAACCCUACAAGUGCAAUGUUUGUGACAAAUCCUUUAACCAAGGGGUAAAUCUUAAAAUACAUCAACGACUUCAUACUGGAGAGAAACCUUACAAAUGCAAAGAAUGUGGAAAGUCAUUUCAUCAGUUGUCUGCACUUAAGAGCCAUCAGAAUUUGCAUAAUGGAGACAAGCCCUACAAAUGCAAGGAGUGUGACAAAUCCUUUACUGUGAAGUCAAUUCUUACAAAACACCAGAGAGUUCAUACUGGAAAGAAACCCUACAAAUGCAAUGUUUGUGACAAAUCCUUUACCCAGUUCACAAAUCUUAAAACACAUCAAAGACUUCAUACUGGAGAGAAACCAUACAGAUGCACAGAAUGUGGAAAGUCAUAUGCUCAGUCAUCAGCCCUUAAACUCCAUCAGAAAAUGCAUAAUGACAAAAGACAUUCUGGAGAGAAGCCUUACAAAUGCAAUGAUUGUGACAGAUCUUUUGCCCACUAUUUAUCAUUUAGAAGGCAUCAGAAAAUUCAUACUCUAGAUAAAUUAUAUAAAUGUAAAGAAUGUGGUAAGUCCUAUAUUGAAUUAUCACACCUUAAAACACAUUACAGAGUCCACUCUGGUGAGAAGCCUUACAAGUGUGAGGUUUGUGACAAAUUGUUCACUACAACCUCAACUCUUAGAACACAUCAAAAAAUUCACACUGGAGAGAAACCUUACAAAUGUACAGAAUGUGACAAAUCCUUUACCCAGGCCUCAUAUCUUAGAAGACAUCAGAGAGUUCACACUGGAGAGAAACCUUACGUAUGUAAGGAAUGUGACAAAUCUUUUUCUACGUGUUCAACUCUUAGACAACAUCUGAAAAUUCAUACUGGAGAGAAAACUUACAAAUGCAAAGACUGUGACAUAUCCUUUACUAAGUAUUCAAAGCUUAGAAAACAUCAGAGAGUUCAUUCUGAAGUGAGAUAUCACUUCUGUAAGGAAUGUGGAAAAUCUUUUACUAGUAGCUCUUACCUUAAAACACAUCAGAAAAUUCAUACUGGAGAGAAAAGCUACAAUAGCAAAGACUGUGACAAAUCUUUUAUCCAGGUUUCAAAUCUUAGAACACAUUACUGAGUUCAUACCAAAGAGAGAUCUUGCAUAUGUAAGGAAUGUGGUGAAUCUUUUACUAAAUGCUCAACUCUUCAAUCACAUCAGAAAAUUCAUACUGGAAAGAAAAAUACUGUUAUAAGUAUUGUGACAUAG